CGAAUAUCUUCUUCCGAUUUACCAGUAAUAUCAUCAUGUACUCCCGCAUCGCUCUCUCCACUCGCACCCAAACCACCGCCCUCUCUCGCGCUGCUGCAUCGCGACAGUUCCAUGCCUCACCAGCAGCUUUCAAGACCGUCACGGAGACAGUGAAGGAGAAGGCUGAUGCUGUGAACAAGAAGCUCGGAAAGGGUCUCGCAUCCGCCAUUGAGUCAGGAGAGGUCGCUACGGAGAAGACGAAGCAGGCCACUGGCGUAGCAUCGGAGAAAACCUCCGACGCUGCUGGUGUUGCAAAGGAGAAGACGAAAGAGACCGCCGGCGUCGCUGGUCAGAAGAAAAACGAAGCCAAGGCGGAGAUCAAGAAAGACCUGUAACGAACUUGUCCUUGUUUCCUUUCCGUUGCAACACACAUUUGUACAUUAAGCAUGAUUAGCGUAUCUCAGUGAACACACUAUAUUUUC